AUGCCAGGCUCAGACGUGGAAGACGGAAUUAACGACGAGGAUUUCAUCGUCGACAUCGACGGCAUCCAGUCUCAUGGCAUUGGAGCAGCAGACAUAACAAAGUUGAAAGCCAAUGGCUUCUACACCGUUGCCUCCGUCCACGGCGCUACACGCAGAACGCUUCUCAAAGUCAAAGGAUUCAGCGAAGUCAAAGUUGAAAAGAUCAAAGAAGCUGUUCAAAAAUGCCUACCCUCCGCAUCAGGCUUCAUAACCGCAAUGGAACUAUUCCACCAACGCAAAAAAGUCGUCCGAAUCUCAACAGGAAGUAAACAAUUCGACUCAAUCCUCGGCGGCGGCUUCCAAAGCAUGAGCAUAAGCGAAGUCUUCGGCGAAUUCCGUUGCGGAAAAACCCAACUCUCCCACACAAUGUCGGUAAUAGCUCAACUCCCUCGUUCUUUGGGCGGCGCAGACGGAAAGGUCGCCUACAUAGAUACUGAAGGAACAUUUCGGCCUGAACGCAUCGCACAGAUAGCAGAGCGCUUUUCUAUGGAUCCCGAUACUGUGCAGGAGAAUAUUGCGUACGCACGUGCGUUGAAUAGUGAGCACCAGCUUGAGUUGCUUAAUACGCUUAGUCGGGAGUUUGUAGAUGGGGCGUAUCGGUUGCUUGUUAUUGAUAGUAUCAUGAAUUGUUUUCGGGUUGAUUAUUGUGGGAGGGGGGAGUUGGCUGAGCGGCAGCAGAAGUUGAAUCAAUUUUUGAUGAAGGUUGCGCAUAUGGCUGAGGCUUUUGGUUGGACGGGCUUUGGGGUUUCGACUCAUGCUAAUAUGAUACUAGAGUUCAAUGUCUGUGUUCUCAUGACGAAUCAAGUGCAGAGUGAUCCUGGUGCUAGUGCUCUGUUCGCUGGUGCGGAUGGCCGCAAGCCUGUCGGUGGUCAUGUCCUUGCUCAUGCGUCUACAACUCGUGUGCUGCUGCGAAAGGGUCGAGGGGAAGAGCGGGUAGCUAAGAUUCAGGACUCGCCAGACUGCCCCGAAAGGGAAGCCACAUAUGUGAUCACGAAUGGAGGUAUCAACGACCCUGAUAAGAUUUGA